GUUCCCUUAGUUUUGCGUGAUACUUUGAUGACAGAUCUCUGUUCAUAGCGACGAUAAAGAUCAUGGCAGAGCAACAAGAGAAUUUGGCCGCUGUACUCCACAAGAAAGAUGACAUUCGUAUAGAAAAUAGGCCAAUUCCAGAGCCUGGAGAGAAUGAGGUGCUCCUAAGAAUGUCAUGUGUGGGAAUAUGUGGUUCUGAUGUCCAUUAUGUACAGCAUGGCCGUAUUGGAGACUACAUAGUGAAGAAACCUAUAGUUCUUGGUCAUGAAGGAGCAGGAGUUGUCAUUAAACUUGGACCUGGUGUUAAAAAUCUAAAAGUUGGUGACCGUGUUGCUGUGGAGCCAAGUAUUCCAUGCAGAAGAUGUUACUAUUGUAAGCAUGGAAGGUACAAUUUAUGUACAGAUAUGUCCUACUGUGCAACACCACCUGAUGAUGGAAAUCUUAUUUAUUAUUACAAGCAUCCAUCUGAUUUCUGUCAUAGGUUACCAGACAAUGUCUCAUUAGAAGAAGGUGCUCUUGUACAGCCACUCUCUGUAGGAGUUCAGGCAUGUCGUAGGGCUGGAGUCACAUUGGGUUCUACUGUUCUUAUCACAGGAACAGGACCUAUUGGUCUCGUCACACUUAUUGCGGCAAAAGCAAUGGGUGCAGCCAAGGUGCUUAUGACAGAUGUUGUUGCUCAUCGGCUUGAGAUAGCAAAGACAUUUGGUGCAGACUACACACUUCAAGUCUUCCCUGGUGAAAGUGUAGUGCAACAGUCAGCUAAGAUAUGCUCCCUGCUGACUAAGGCUCCAGAUAUCACUAUUGACUGUUGUGGAAUAGAAUCUACAGUCAGACUGGGCUUAGAGGCAACUUGCACUGGUGGAAAACUGGUUAUUGUUGGAUUGGGUGGUAGCUCCAUGAAGCUUGAGCUUGGGAGAGGAAUAUUUCGAGAAGUUGACGUUUGUGGUGUGUUUCGUUUUUGCAAUGUGUAUCCUGCAUCUCUGGCUUUAGUUGCUUCUCAGAAGAUAAAUGUUAAGGCUCUGAUUACUCAUAACUUCCAUUUAAAGGACACAAUUAAAGCAUUUGAGACUGCUAUAUCUGGAGUUGGCAAUCCGAUUAAAAUCAUGAUUCACUGUAAUUAAUAUCUUACUCAGUUUGAAACUAAUCUGUUACUGCCAUUAUAUUACAUUAAUCCCCCAACACCAGGCACUGCAAAUUUGCGUCACACAAAUGUGAUUCUAAUAAGUGGAAGGGCGACUGUUUCUAAGCACCAGUGCUGAUAAGUGUAUAUUCUAUAUGCAACUACCAACACUUCUGAUGUGUGCUGCCACCUCCUGAAUGUUUUGGGUACUUCUAGAGUGAUGUAAUAUUUUGUUUUUUUCCUUCCAUGAUGAAAUUUAUUCAGUUAUGAAGGCAUUAGUACAGUUGCUGUAUUAUAAUAAUCCUUUAUUAAAACAGUAAUUUGUUGUAUUCACUACUUUAAGUUAAUUGAAUAGCCUCUGUAAAGAAUUAAUAAAGAUUAAAUAAAUAAAUCAUUCAAAUAAAA